GGUGGUCUGGGCAUAGAAAGGAGGCCAAAAGGGGUCUUGGAGUCAUAUCUAUGCUCAUAGCACAUAGGCUUUUGCCUCACAUCACAUUUGGCUCAAUAUUUUCAACUCUUUAUACAGAAAGAGAUCGAGAGCGUGCGAGUAUGGUUGCAGGUUGGAGAAAGGCGUUUUGCACUUCCAUCUCUAAAGACACAGACUCUAAAGCUUUCAGAAAGAAGCAUCACCACCGUUGCGACGAUGAUGCAAGUCAAACUCCCAGAACAAGUUCCAACUUUGCCUUCUUCUCUAACCCAUCAACCCCAAGACUCCGCUGUCGAACCUCUGCUGCUGCUGCUUCAGUUCCCAGUAGCCCUACACUCGAUUGUAGUACUGCCAAAACUCCCAACAAGCUCUCCAAUCCACCCUCACCCAAGUCACCAUCAAGUUUAUCACUUCUCAAAGCCAGCUUACUGCUGCCCAAAAGUAAAUGUGGAAUCUGUAUGCAGAGGGUAAAAACUAGACAAGGCAUAGCAAUCUUCACAGCAGAAUGCUCUCACACCUUUCACUUCCACUGCAUAGCCACCCAUGUCAAUAAGCAACAAAUCCUUCUCUGUCCCGUCUGCAGCAGAAACUGGAAAGAAUUGCCUUCAUUCUCCAUACACAAUGACAACGACAUCAAGAAAUCUUCGGUGGAAAACAGAGCAUACAAGCAUACCGCAGAUAUCAGGACCAGGGCAUUGAAAGUCUACAGCGACGAUGAGCCCCUCAUGUCUCCCACUUCGGUUGCUCGCUUCAAUCCGAUACUUGAAUCCGACGGGAACGAAGAACUCUCAGAAGAAUCCUUUGAGUUCCAAGGUUUUCACGUGAACCCAGUUCGGAAUCCUCUGUUUUCGCCGGGGACCAGGGAUAUUGAAAUGUCCUUGUUACCCGAGGCUGCUAUCAUGGCGGCGAAUCGAAAUUAUGAGACUUACGCCGUGGUUCUAAAGGUCAAGGUACCGCCUUGUCGGACGUUGGUCUGUCGGGCACCGAUAGACCUCGUGAUGUUGCUCGACGUCGGUGGGACCGAGGCCAGCUCAAAGCUUCAGAUGAUAAAACGGUCGAUGCGACGAGUGAUUUCGUCUCUCGGGUCCACUGAUCGUCUCUCCAUUGUUGCUUUCUCUUUGGGGUCAAAAAGGCUUUUUCCGUUGCGAAGAAUGACAAGCAGUGGGCAGAGAUCGGCGCUUCGGAUUGUGGACGCCCUGGCCGCGACUGACGAAAGUCAAGGAGCGUGUUUUAAAAACGACGCACUCAAGAAAGCCGUGAAAGUGCUCGAAGAUCGGCGACAGAAGAACCCCACAGCCAGCAUCGUUCUUCUGUCGGACGGUGAAAACGAAUGCAUCGCUCAUCCUUUGUCCGUUGGAAGACGUUCGUGUGUGUUGUCCACGCGCUUCCCUCACCUGGAAAUCCCUGUCCAUUCCGUGAGAAUACCAGACGGCGAAAGCACGUUCGACAACGGGCGGUCAGACGACUCAUUUGCCAAGUACUUGAAUGGUUUGUUAAAUUUGGUGGCACAAGACCUGAGGCUUCAGCUAAGGGUAGUCUCGCGCCCGGUUCCGGUUGAGAUCGCCGCCGUAUAUUCUAUUUCGGGUGGGCCUACUGCGAUUCGGGCGGGUCUGGCCCGUUUAGGUGAUCUCUCCGUGGAUGAAGAGAGAGAAUUAUUGGUGGAACUGAAAGUGCCUGCCGCUUCAGCUGGGUCCCACCAUGUUCUGUCCGUACGUUCAUCUUUCCGGGACCCAUCUACUCAAGAGUUGAUAUAUCCCAAAGAGCAGGCACUUCUCAUUCCCCGACCCCACGCCGUCCGUUCAUCGGAUCCGAAAAUCGAACGAUUACGAAGUCUCCACGUCACCGCAAGAGCCAUAGCCGAGUCGAGACAGCUAGCCGAGCACUGCGAUCUAAGCGGAGCUGGCUACUUACUUUCGUCGGCUCGGGCCCUGUUACUGCAGUCGGCUUCAAAAUCGGCUGAAGAGUAUUUGCGGUGGCUGGAAGUCGAGCUAGCCGAGUUACAGAGGCGGAGACAGCAGCUUCAGCGGCAAAGCCAAAGCAAUAACCGCGCGGAGAAGUUGGAGGCGCUGACGCCAACGUCAGCUUGGCGAGCCGCGGAGAGGCUGGCUAAAGUGGCAAUCAUGAGGAAGUCCAUGAACAGAGUUAGUGACUUGCAUGGUUUUGAGAAUGCCAGAUUUUAGCGAUAAUUUUCGGCCUUUGUAUUUGCUUGAAGUACAUAAAAGGAAAAGAAAUGUCGAAUAGAAAAUACAUUUUUAAUCCACAAGUGAAGUCCGAAUAUGAUGGACUGUAUAGAGUAUGAUUUUGCAAAAUGGCAAAACUGGUGGGCAGGAGCAAGUCUAAUUAGAUGAAAUUAAUGGAUGGUGGUUUAGGCUGAGAAAAGCCAUAAGAAUGAGUAUGAUUGGUGUCGACGUAUGAUUAAUGAUUGGGUCAGCUAUCAAUGAGGAGGUCCUACUAUUUGGGAUGAAGGCAAGGGCUGAGUGUUCGGGUGUGACAUCUAUGCGUACGAGAGUCCAGAACGGGAAAUUAUUGGGAAAUUAUUAGGAAGCACGCAUCUUUUAUUUUGGAUGGUGAAAUUGUUGGUGGAUAAUUAUUACGAGAUUCCAUGUCUAUAUGCUUUCGUUUAAAUUUUUUUUUUUUUGAUAAAAGACGAGGGCAGAGCCCAGAAUUACAGAAUGCUUUCGCUUAAUUUUAAA